AUGUUAACAGAGGAUCAUUGCAGGCACGCGGCGGCUUUUGGCAUGUCGAGAUCGAGAUUGAAAAAACUAUCCCGCCGAGAAAUUACAUCGAUGGAUCUUGUCAAGCCAUGUCAUUUGCUGUUGGCAACCCACGAGCAACUUCGUUUACGCAAUAUGGCACGGUUUAUUGCGGGCUUGACAAAAGUGUUCAUGCAACAGUGUCGAUAUACAUACGGUAAAUCGAAUCCCUUGGCCACCUUUCAGAAGCGUUUCCUAACCCGUGGCAAAGAUGAUGUUUUGCUUUUGCGAGCCAAACUACGACGAGAACUGACUUGGAAUUCAUCGUUUCAGAGUGUGACGAUGCCGAAUGCCACUGCAAAUACCAUUACUUUUACCGAUACCGAUCCUUGGCUUGGCGGUUACGAUCUACAUCUAGCGACCUCGAACAAUGUCUUUGGUGACUUGUUCAGUGAAGGCGUUGUUCUAGCAGCCGACGCUGACGACUUGCUGCAACUGCAAGCUCACGAAGCUCCUACUGUAAUGCAAGACUCGCCUUUAUGGAUUGAUGAAUCCCAGGAUGUAGAGUUGAUGACGCAGGAUUUCAUGCCUCUUAUUGACAUCAAUGCAGGGGCUCCAAACUAUGAUUACGCUGCACGCUUGGACACAGAAGCAGAUUGGGCAUGGUUUGCAAAUGCACCACACGCCGGGGAAGGGUCCCAAAGAACCGACCCGUAUUCAGACCGUGAGCGAUCUCACAGUCGAACGAGAAGUUUAACAAGGGAACUACCUGACCAGACCAUGUACAUUCCAGAAAUUGAUGGUGUGUUGUCAGAUAUGGCUACCGAUUUACGACCCAUGGAAAGACCGCACCAUCGUCGACUACUUUCGUCAAGCGAGGACCCUUUAUCGCCGUUUACAGAGUACGAUGCCUAUUCGUUGGCUAGCUGGGGAACGGCCAGUGUCCGUACCGAAGAUUUGUCGGCUCUUGUCCCCUUGCUAGACACACAAGAACCACAGGAACAGGAACAGCAACAGCUACUGCCAAGACCUCGACGCCCAUCACGCAACAUGUUCAGUAGCGAUUCCACCACGCAGCCGAUUGCGUUUUACAGAAACAGGGAAGCCUUAGUCACCACGGAGGAAGCACAACGUGGCCGAGCCGCUCGUCAAUCCGCGACCAAUAUAAAGAACAUGGCGCAGCGAUUAAGGCAACCUUAUAUUACAUUGGGUCAAAGCGCGUUACAAACAAUGUGGCAAUACAGCGUAACUGCUCACACAAAUGGCGUGAACCUGAUUGGAAAUCGCGUGGUGGAAUAUGGACGGGAUAUCGAACAAGCACGACGAAUUCAAAGAGAGCCUUCCGCUCUUUUUAGCGAUGAGUUCCCUCUGCAUCAAUUUGAUGCGAGACAUCAUCAAGACACGGUAACAGGCACGUUUUAUAGUAGACGGAGUGUACCAAGCAGUCGUCGCGCCUCCUUUGAUCGAUGGCUACCCGCCCUGGAUGCGGAAGAAAUCGAUGAAACAUGGAUGGCAGACUUUGACGAAAACUUACACGGAUACAUCGCCAGUCAUGACAGUGAACAAGAGAUGGAGAAUUUUCUAAAUUACGCUCGGUUACUCGUAAAAGGAGAUGAACGGAAAGUUGCAUUUGACGCUUUACUCUCGUUGACGAACAAUGCAGUUCGAUCCGAGGCAGCAAGCACCUUUUAUCGCGUUCUCGUGCUUGCAUCUCGUGGUCAUGUAAAACCGGUUCAAUCACCUCAGGGAUCCAUUGAUAUCUGGUUUCCCGAAAACGAUACACAAUAUCCAGUCAAUUGA